AUGGCUUCUGAAAAGAAGUCAGAUGCUCAAGUCCUUCUAGAGCUGGUACAAGGACAAUUAGAAAGACAUAAUACAAGAAGUGAAAAGGAAGAAGACACGAUGAUAGGAACCGAGAAAGCUUCCACUAACGAUUCAACAGCGACAACAACCCUUCCCAAGAACCCAGAAAACGACCAACAAAAGGAGCCAAAGAUUCCUGCACAGCCGCUUUACCCUAUUUUGAAUUGUGGUUGCCUUAACUCUCGUGAGCUUCCUACUACUGCUGGACACGUCGAUAUUGGCUACGUACCUUAUAUUACGAAUCAGUUCAAUUCUCUGUCCGACAUAGGUUUGUACGGAGCUGCAUAUCAGGCUGUCGAAGUGAAUGAUACAAGCCCCAUAUUCCAUACUACAAGGCAGAAUCCUCUUUAA